UGUGGCUCAGGGUGGUACUUGCUGAAGCACAGAGAAACUUCAGGACUCACUGACACUAGUCUGUGUUGCAGAAAGAGCCAGAAAAGGUGAGAGAACAUUUCCAAAAGUAACUCUUCUUGCAACUUCAAGAUAUAAGAGUACUGCUUGUAUGGAAGAACUCUGCUCAAGCAUAGUGAGUCAAGUCAAAUGUGAAGCGGUGCUGGUUUUGGAGGCAUGAUAUGAACAAAGCAAAGCUAAGUUUUACAGCUAGAUACAGCAACAUACCAAGACAACCCAAAUUCCUACAGAAGCAGGAAUUACAGCCUGGGAUGAAUCUCUACUUGUUCUGCAAAGAGGGUUUCAUGGUCUCCAAAAGUAAUUACUGCCCUCAACUCUCAGUAAUUUGGGCCUGCUUAGACUGAUGGAAACCAGCCAUAAAUAGACAAGGUAGGAAAAUUGUGGGUGUGUACUGUAUGGUAAUAAUCAUCUUACUUUUAUUCUCUGUAGGUUGCAGUCUUCAGAUCUACUGAUUUAAUGAAGUGAGGUUCUUGUGGCUAAGAACACUGUAAUAAUGAUGGCAGUAUUAGCCCAUGGACACCAUCUCUUUUUGGUUGGCUUCUUAGGCUUCUGUCUGGAUAGUUUUGUACAAGGCCAAAAGAAUAAUACUCUUAUUUUCACCAAAGAAAGCACAAUUCGUAACUGCACAUGUCCUGGUGAUAUUAGUGACAAUGACUGCGAUUACAAUCUGGCAAAUCUGAUCUGCAAUUGCAAGACUGUUUUGCCCUAUACAAUAGACAAAAGCUACUACAAUAAUCUGACAAUUUGGUUCACAGAAACAUCCAUGUUGAGAAUGCUGUUGAACUUUACAGCUGUGUAUGACCUGAAGCUCUCACUAUGUGGCACAAUUCCUCUGUCAGCAAAGUAUUUGACCAUUUGGGGACUGCGAAGACUACAGAUAAAAAGUGAGAUCAAUGGCCAGAUACAAGAACAAAGCUUAACUAUCUACAGCAGCCACGACAAUGAAGCACAAGGCAAAUUAAAGAUGCCAUGCAGAGACAGAAACAUGAUCACAUACAUUGCUGUUUUAGACACCUCUCUCUUCAAUGGCUACUCUCCACUAAAAUCAUACAGCGUGGAAAACAUCUCCAACAUUACAGACCACUUUCCACAUCUGCCAUAUUUGGACACGUUCUUCACCACAAAUAACAAAAGCUGUAUUAUAACAUUUAUAUACUGACACAGUAUGCUUGGCCAUUUCUAUAGAGCAGCCAUAGGCUGUUGCCAGAAAUACAAUCUUGUAGAAACAUGAGCUCCUGGCAUUCCUUUAGAAGAUGGAAUCCCCAAGGGAUGCACUCACUUUGGGGCAACCAUGCCAAUGAUGGGAGGGGCCAUGCCAGCCAUGCAAAAACAAUCAGGGUAUAAAGUAGGGCCAGUGAAGGGCAUAGCCUGAGAAGAGCUUUAAGGGCUACAAAUUGGCUCUCGGUUCCCCACUUUUGCUUCAAACCAUAUACACAAAUAAAAAUGUAGAAUGAAACCGAAUUAGCACUGGCUCCAUAUUUUCUAUUUGAGUAAACAAUGGGGGAGUUCAUUUUCAUUCAAAGCUCCUCUGUUAGCUGUCUACAACCUGCUAUGUUCAAAACAUAGGCUGGCUACUUGACUCUUUGGUCCUAUCUCAAACAACAAAAUUGUUUGCAGAGCUCAAUAGAUUCAACACUAACUCCCAAUCAUUAUUCAUCAUGAAGUAUGCCCUUAAAGUAUGCUGUGCUUAAAGUGCCCAAGCAUUACUCUGAACUGGGCCCAUAGGAUCAGGUAUCCUAGGAUAUUGCUUGGCAAAUAUGGAUUGAUUUUACCAACAUUUUAAAUUGGAAAAUAAUGCCAUCACAUAUAAUUAAAAGCAACUAUAUUAAAAUAAGCACCUAACCAACAUGUAGAUGUCCAGUGACAGAGAAAAAAAAUGCCAAGAGUUAUAAGGGUAGUUGGAAUAAUUCAGGAAGUUGUGAUGAGUUUGCUUGACUAAUCUUCUUUCAGUUGAAAGAAAUAACUGGUACAAAUCCUGAAAACAGGAGGCUUCAAAGCAUAACUCAUGCAGUAGCUGGAUUAUUCAUAUGUCCUGAAAUGCAUAAUUAAAUUUCACUAUGAUGAUAAAAAAUAAUAAUAAACCAGCUUCCUGGAUGGAAAAAAAAUUGAUGGGACAAAUUAGCUGUCUACUUAAAUGCUACAGACCCAUCAAAUAUGAGCUAGAGAUCUAACCAUGUAUAGGACUCAGGUCUUAAGUGGAACACUAAUUCAGAUUGAGGAAAAUAUUUUAACAGUCCAGAACCCAUGAAGCAGUGCCAAGAAACCACUUCCAAGAUUUGAAGUGUUAAGUACUGACAGCCUUAAAUAUGGAUAAGUAUCAGCUCUUUACGGUUCAUGUUCCU